AUGGAGAAUUCUAAUGUUUCUAAAAAAUUAGAAAGGAUCAUUCAACUUUUAAAAGACAAACAGCAUCUAACAGUGGUUAAUCCUAAUGCUGGCUCAGGAGCAUAUGGACAGGUUAUGACAGCAAAAGAGGAGAAUGGUGAGGAGGUUGCUAUAAAGAUAGUUUCUGUUUUUGAUGAAAUUGACUCCAUAGACGAAUAAAAGCUUAAGGAAAUCAAAUCUGAAGCUUAGUUUUUAUAGAUGUGUCACCAUCCCAACAUAGUAUCUUAUAAAGGGGAAUUCCAGCUUGGGAGUUGCUACUUUAUAAAAAUGGAGAAAGGCGAAAUGUCUUUGUAAGAAUUUGUUGAUAAAAAACUCAAUUAGGGAAUGUCGGAGAAGCUUUUCGUGAAAUUAGCGCUGUAAAUGCUUUCUGCAAUUUAGUAUUUACAUUCAAAGAAUUAUGUUCUAAGAGAUAUAUCUUUAAAGAACGUGCUUUUAGACAAGGAUUAUAACAUUAAGCUUUGUGAUUUUGGUUUAGCUAAGGAAAUAAAUCCUUAGUUGGCAACGCAGGCCUUUCUAUAAUCUCAGGUUAAGGGAGUGCUCUUUUACUUCCCUCCGGAGGUUUUGGUCAUGACUAACUUUAACAGUGAAGAAAAGAAAUCGUAAAAAAUAUACUAAAACUUUGAUGGUGAUGUAUGGGCGUUUGGAGUAUGCAUGUAUUUGUUAGGAGGAGCUUCAUUCCUUCACGUUUUGUAGCUAACUUAAGGUAAAGAAACUUUUUAGCUCUCUAAGCUGGUGAGCAUCGAAAUAAAUUAAAUACUGCUUAACACGCUUCAGCUAGAUCCAAAACUUAGACCAUCAAUUGAUAAGAUAAUUUAAGAUUUUAAAAAUAUAUAACUCAAUUUAGAGAAAGGGAAAGACGAUGAAAUCGGAUAUUACUUUAAUUAGACUGAACUAUUUUAGUAGGCUCAAAAGGAAAUAGAUAAUCAUAAAUAUUAGGAAGCUUAAGUUACUCUGGAAAGACUUGUAAAGAUAAACACACAUAAUGAUUAGUACUUAGCAUUACUUGGAUUAACACACUUGGAACAGUACUAAUGUGAAGAGUCUAGAAGUAUAAGCUAGAAAUGCUUGUCAAUAAACCCAAAAAAUGAGAUAGCUUUAAGCUGUAUGGGAUACUAUUAUUAUGAAAAAAACGAUUUAAAGUAAGCGAUGUGUUAUUUGCAAAAGUGCUUGAAUUUAAACCCAAAAAAUUAUAGAGCCUUAACUUAUAAAGCAUUCGUAUUAAGUAAUUAAUAAAAAUUAGAUGAAGAGCUAUUAACACUUAAAGAAGCAAUCAGCUACAACCAGAAUUAUCCUUAUUCAAUACUGCAAAUUGGCAAAUGCUAUUUCAAGAAAAAAAUGUACGAAGAUGCCAUUACCUCUUUUAAGUAAGUAAUAAAGUUGCUACCCACAAUAUUUUCUCCUUACUAUUGUUUAGGAAUUAUUUAUUAUGAGAGAAGUGAAUUUGAUUAGUCUAUUUCAUACUUUAACAAAGCUUUGGAAUUGAAUUCUUCAAAUUAAAAUUGCUUGUACAGUUUGGCGAAAGUCUAUUUAGAAACAUUCAAUUAUUCAAACGCAAUUGAAAUUUUAAAUACGUUAGUACGUCUUUUUCCCAGUAACGAUUUGUAUUUGGCUACGUUAGCACUAGCUUAUUCUGAAAUUAAGGAUGAAUAGAAAGUGAUGGAAUUCAGUCAGAAAAGUUUGUAAAUAAAUCCACAAAAUAUUUUAGCUCUUAAUUGUUUGGCUUAUUACUACUUCUUAAAGUAAUAAAAUUAAUUAGCUAUAUAGUGUUUGCAAAGUUCAAUUAAAGUUAACCCUUGCAAUUUUAGAGCAUACUUCUACUAAGCAUAAAUUUUAUUGUCCGAAGGCAAACAUGAAGAUGCUAUACUUAGUGCUAAAUAUUCUAUGCAACAGAACAGUAAAUUCCCUAAUGCUUAAUUCCUCUUAGGACAAGUGUUUGAGUAAAUAGGAAAAAUGGACAAAGCCAUCAAAUACUUCCAAGAAGCAAUCAUGAUUUAGGCUAAAUAUGAAUUGCCAUACAUAGAUUUAUCUUAAAUAUAUCGCAAAAAGGGUUAAUACGAUGAUGCCCUUUUCAUAUGCAAAUUAGCUUUACAAAAUAAUAUAAAAAGUGCUAAAAUAUAUAACGAGCUAGGAAAAAUUUAUGAAAAAAAACAAUAUUUAUCUUAAGCAAUAAAUUAUUUCUCAGAAUGUAUUUCACUAAAACCUUCUGAACAAAUUUAUUAAAACAAUUUAAAAAACUGUAAAGAAUUAUUAAGCAAAAGUAACUCUAAAAUAAAAAUUUGA